GCUGCGGCUGCCGAUGGCGGCGAGGGGCGGUGCGGUGCGGGCGGGCCGCCUGCCCGCCUGCCUCCCCGUCACCCCGGCAGGGCCGGGCGGCCGCCUGCCUGCCUGCCUGCCUCCCUCGGCUGGGUGCCGGGGCCCUCGGUGCUGGGCCGGCCGAGCCCGAGCUGGAUCCGCGGAGCAGCAGCAGCCGUGGCCAGGUCCCAUGAUGACAGCUCUCUUGAGAAGCAGCCAGUUUCUGCAGAAAACUUGUUUCAGCACCGCAGAUACUUGAAGUCUGGAAAUAGAAAAGAUUUCUUGAUGGUUAGCAAAGUUCAUUUAUGAGAUUGGGAAUAACUGCGGUAUGCAGAGGUCUUUUCACAGCGGAUAUUCGGCACUGGUAAACGGAUUUGCGGAUUUGCAUGGGGUAAAUAUGGAGGCAGAAAUAAACUUCUGAAAUCGAAUCUCAGUCCAGAAAUGAUGGCUUCCCAGCUGUAUACACAUGCUUUCAAUAUCUCCCCAAUAGAGGCUAGGAGACUGUGUAUAAAUGGAACACCAUGGAUUUGGCAUCUUCUGGAAGAAUGUGUUGAGAAUGCGUGGGAGUACUGGAGCGUUGUCAUAGGACUGAUUUCCAUUGUCUGUUUUCUGUUUGCUGCACUACCUCAAAUUUACGUUGCCUGUCAGAAUGGAAAAGUGGAUCAAGCGCUGUCUUUGGGCUUUCUGCUGUGUUGGAUAGCUGGAGAUCUUACAAAUUUUAUAGGCUGCUAUUUAACAAAUCAACUGCCAAUUCAGACUGUCACCGCCAUUUCUUAUGUUAAUAUGGAUAUAAUUAUGAUUUCACAAUAUGUAUACUAUAAGCUCAAGAAUCAGAAGAUGACAAAAUGCAGCAAAAACCUGAAGAAUUUCUGUGUAACCUGGAUCUUGCUGUGUGUGGCCCUGUGCAUCGUUCUAUUCUGUCAGCUGCUAGUAAGAAACCAAGACCAGAGUUCAGUACUGGAAAGAAGUAAUGCUUCUCUUGAUAUGAUUGAAAUGUCAGGCUUCAUUUGUGGCUAUAUAUCUUGUGUGUUUUACUUGGGAAGUAGAUUUCCUCAGCUUUAUAAAAAUUUUCAGAGAAGAUCAACAGAAGGCACCUCUUACCUGCUGUUUGCAUUAGCCAUGCUGGGAAACUGUACGUAUGGACUGAGCCUUGUUUUAAAGAUGCCUGCUACCAAAUCUUUCCAAGCUCUCUACUUUUUACACCAUCUUCCGUGGCUCAUUGGGAGCUUUGGAGUUUUGUUUCUAGACAUUCUUGUGACUGUGCAAUUCGUUCUGUAUCGUCAGCGCAAGGACAGGCAGCCUGCCGUGGUGGCGCUGGAAGUGGAACCGCUGCUGCUGGGCGAGGACGCUGCCUAGUGCUGGGUCGUGGUCGGCUCCUGCCUCCGCUGCACUUUGCUCUGGGGUGACCUCAACAAAAAGUUGAGAUUGGAGUUGCUUAGGGACCACAGUUAUUACUUUUAUAUUUAUUUUGUCAUUAAUUUGUUAUUAAUUAUUUGAAAAGGAUAUGAAAAUAAAUAUUUAAUACUGUAUUUCAGUAUGA